AUGUCUUACAACAAAGCCGACAAGGAUAUUGGCGAGGCUCCCAAAGCCCACAAGAUCCGCAUCACCCUCACCUCCCGCAAGGUUAAUGUCCUCGAGAAGGUGUGCACCGAGAUCCUCGAGCGCGCCAAGAGCAAGGACCUGCGUGUCAAGGGCCCCGUCCGUCUGCCAACCCAGACUUUGAAGAUCACCACCCGUAAGACUCCUUGCGGUGAGGGUUCCAAGACGUGGGAUUCUUAUGAGAUGCGCAUCCACAAGCGUCUUAUUGAUCUGCAUGCUCCUACUGAGGUUGUGAAGCAGAUUAUUGUCAAUAUUGAUGCUGGUGUUGAGGUCGAGGUUACCAUUGCUGCUUAA